CUCCACUUCCUGUUUACUUCGGAGCAGGUCACUGACUGUUGUUCCUGUUUACUUCUGAGAGGAGAGACGUGUGUUGAUCAGCUGCUGUAGUUCGCCAGAAAACUAUGUGAUACAUCAUAUUUUGGGUUGUAACUCAUCUUCAUGGUUAAAAUGCUGCGUUUGCUGCUGCUGCUGUGGUUCGGCGCGGUUCCGGUUUCAGCUGCGCCGACUGGAAGAAGCUACCUGCCGGGAACAGGCAGGUUCUGGCACAUCACCGACCUCCACCUGGAUCCCACCUACCACCUGGCCCCGGACCCUACCAAGGUUUGCUUCUCCUCCAAAGGAGCCCCCGCCACCCACGCUGGGCUGUACGGAGACUUCCUGUGUGACUCCCCCUACAGUCUGAUACAGUCAGCCUUCACACACAUGGCACCACUCACACAGCCGCAGGACUUCAUCAUAUGGACCGGGGACAGUCCACCUCAUGUCCCUCCAGAUGAGCUUUCUACAGACAUGGUGAUCGAGGUGAUCAGAAAUAUGACUCAGACCAUCAGACAGCAUUUCCCCAACCUGACAGUCUACCCUGCGUUGGGAAACCAUGACUACUGGCCACAGGACCAGAUGCCGGCAACAACUAAUGCCAUCUACAAAGCUGCUGCAGAGCUCUGGAAACCCUGGUUGCAGACUGAAGCUCUCCUCACCCUCUCUCAAGGUGGUUUCUACUCCCAGCUGGUAAAGCCUGGUUUACGACUGGUUAGUCUCAACACAAUCCUUUACUAUGGUCCUGAUAAAGCCACGUGUAACAUGACAGACCCCGCUGGACAGUUUGAGUGGCUGGAGAACACUCUGGAGAAAGCUGCUCAGAGCCUGGAAAAGGUAUACAUAAUUGCCCAUGUUCCAAUGGGGUAUCUGCCUUUUGUCCGAAACACCACUGCUUUUAAAAAAAGGCACAACGAGAGGCUGGUCACCAUCUUCAGGAAGUACAGUGAUGUCGUUGCGGGGCACUUUUAUGGCCACACCCACAGAGACAGCAUCAUGGUGCUGCUAAACCAACAAGGUAAACCUGUAAAUUCUCUUUUUGUGUCACCGGCUGUCACACCAAUCAAAAAUGUUUUGGAGCCUUACUCAAACAACCCAGCUUUCCGCAUGUAUCUGUACAACAGCCAGGACUACAGUCUGUUGGAUAUCUGGCAGUACUAUUUGAAUCUGACGGAAGCCAACGAGAAACAAAGAUCUGACUGGAGGCUUGAAUAUAUCAUGACGGACGCUUUUGGACUAACUGACCUGCAGCCACAAAGCCUUCUUCAGCUGGGCCUGAGCUUCUUGCUGCCGCAGACAAAAUCCUUUAACAGAUAUUUCAAUCACUUCAUGGUCAGCUAUAACAGCAGCAUCAUCUGUGGCGGAGACUGUAAGGUCAACCAGGUGUGCUCUGUGCUCUACCUGGAUCAACAGUCCUACUCCAAGUGUCUGACAAACGGAUGGUUGCAAGAACUUGUUACAGGAGACUGAUUUUUUUUUCAGGAAAUCUUUUAUUUUUAAUUCUGCAGAGAUCAAACAAAGGGAAAUACCUCUAAUAUUUCCAAAUAUUAAAUAAGGAUGAUUUUUUUUAAUAAUCAGAUUCUUCUUAUCUUUAUGAGCUUGAUAAUUCUGUAUUAUUCUAAAAUAUCAGGACAGACUAGAUUUUCCCAAAGAUAUUUGUUCUUCAGGAGCUUUUUUUCUUUAUAUUUUACUUGAUUUAAAACUUUCCAGAUGCAAUAUUAGACCACAAAGGGACGUAAAUAAAAACAGAUUAUUGACAGAGAUGCAGUCACCCCAUGUUUAUAACCUUACAAAUGUCCCUCCACCUUUUCUGCACUAUCAAAAGACUUCCUAUUUGAAAUCAUUGAUGCAGAUUUAAAAAGAAAUUAAAUAAAUAUUAAGCCACAUUCAUUUUACUGCAGAAGUACUUACAAGCUCCUCAGUCCGUGUUGUAAAUUCACUCUUUAAAUUCCUGCUUCUACUCCUGAUUCUGCUGGAAGAAAUUUAUUUACUUCUCAUGGGAUGUCUCUAGAUGCACAUCCUUUGAUACAUUCCAUUAAAAUGAUGUUUUCAGCAAAUGCAGUUAACAUCAUUUUAAUAGUGUUUUAUGCAGAGUUCUGAGAAAACGGCAGAAUGUAAUGCGUCUGGAGUUACAACAAGCUAUAAUCUGAGUUGGUCUAAAUUCUGCUAAAUGAUGGUGAUCAGUUGAGCUGAUAAAUCUGCUUUCUUAUAAGGGCUGAAGACACAGGAGGGAUGUUACAGCAGCGUUUGAAAUCACAUCUUUAGAUUGUGAUGCAGAACCAGAGUGGACUCACCCUCCAACCUACAUUGUUAGCUCAGGAGUUGGAGAAUCAAAAAAGCACUUAUAAAAAGGGUUUCACCAAUUUGCACAAUUCCAUGGGGAAACUCGUUUAUAGCUGAAAUAAUAUUUGGUUUUUUUUUUUGUUUUUUUUAGGUAAUUGACAUAAAGUAACUGAAAGGAUGAAAUGGGGACACUUUGCCUUUUAUGUUUAGUGCUGUCUUAGUUCUUACAAAUGCUGCUCACUGAAAAUACUUUUUGGUACUGGUUACAUACUUGAUUACAACAGGGCACCAAGCAUAAGAGGAGCACAGUAAAUGUGGAAGAAUGGCAUUAAAGUUGCAUUAAAGGGACGUCAAUAUGUUAAGUUGCUCCAUUAAAAUGGAAAAGAAAUUAUUGUUUUGAUUAUGUUGUAUAUUUUUGUAUUAAAUAAAGAUCUUUAUUCAAA